AUGGCUAAAGAAGAAGAAGUAGAGAUAGUAAGGAUCGUCACUGAUGAAGAAAAGACAUUCGCCAAGAAUUUCAACAUCAACGAUCUCCCCGACAUCCCUACCGGACUUCCUCCGCAUCUUGAACUCCAGCGAACUCGUGUCGUCUGUAAAAACGAUGCUCCAAUCCAUACUUCAAGUGUGGUUUACUCUGGUGCUUAUAACGCUGUGGGAGUGGACAACAGUGUGAAGCUAGAAAACUUCUCUGAGAAUUUCAAAGUUAAUGUAAUCAGUAGCUCAGAAGACGGCAUGGAUAUGGAGUUCGAUAUGAUCGGUAUCAAUGCAGCAAUCGCCAACGCUUUCCGAAGAAUCCUUUUAGCUGAGCUUCCUUCAAUGGCUAUUGAGAAAGUGUUUGUAGCAAACAACACAUCGCUUGUUCAAGAUGAGGUUCUUGCUCAAAGGUUGGGUCUUGUCCCAAUCGCUGCAGAUCCGAGGCUCUUUGAUUAUAUAUCCGAAAGCGAUCAGCCAAAUGAAAAGAACACCAUUGUUUUCAAACUCCAUGCGAGAUGUGAAAGAGGCGAACCGCGUCUUAAAGUGUUAACUGAAGAAUUGAUUUGGUUACCAAAUGGGAGUGAGAUGGUUAAAGAAUCAGGAGAGUCAACCUCAUCAAAGCCGAAAACUUUCACUUCGUUUAGUCGAAGUCAAGACUCCUUCCCUGAGUUUGCUGAGAAUCCUAUCUCUCCGAGCAACCUUGAUAUCUUGAUAGCAAAACUUGGCCCUGGUCAGGAAAUCGAGCUUGAAGCUCACGCGGUUAAAGGCAUUGGUAAAACACAUGCAAAGUGGUCUCCAGUAGGGACGGCUUGGUAUCGAAUGCUUCCUGAGGUGAUUCUACUAAAGGAGUUUGAGGGUAAAGAAGCUGAAAAUCUCGUAAAAGCCUGCCCAGUGAAGGUUUUCGACAUUGAAGACAUGGGCAAAGGUAGGAAGAGGGCAACGGUAGCUCAGCCGCGUAAAUGCACAUUGUGUAGGGAAUGCUUAAGAGAAGAAUUUGGAGUACCAAUAGUGAAACCAAAAGUGAAACCAGUGAAAGAUGAAGGGAAAGAUAAAGAGACUCAGAUAGAGAGAAAAGAAUGGAUAGACAAUGUGGCUCUGCACCGUGUCAAGAACCAUUUUAUAUUUAAGAUUGAGUCCACUGGAUCAUUGCCUCCGGAGGUUCUCUUCACUGAAGCUGUGAAGAUUUUGGAAGAUAAAUGUGAACGUGUAAUUGCUGACCUCUCCUGA